AUGACUCCACUUUUGCAGGCGGAAGCAAAAAUGAACACAAGCCUUUACCUUACGGAAAAUAUUCAGCAACGUGAAUUCAACCUCACCAGCCCUCAGUCAUUCUAUUCUUCCUCGGUGUCCAAUAGUAAAAAUAACUCAGACAUUUUCAGCUAUAACACUGCCAACAACAGUACGGUGAGUUCUAGUGAUGAGUUCACUACCCAACAAGAUGGCAUGAGCACCAUAAUGUACAAAAACAAUAUCAGUAAGACCUUCGAAGACGACAUUUUUUAUUGUCCAAGAAGUUUGCUCACUCCAGAAGAACAAGUUGUAUACCAGGAAAUUGACAAGUAUUACAUGGAACAAGCCCUAUUGACCCAGUUACAAAUCUCUCAAACGUAUUCUUCAACUCCAAAAGAGGAAAAAACUGUUAAGUUCAAUCCCUACACUUCAAAGAGCUUCAGUCCCGCUUCUUCUGAAUAA